UCUCUCUCUCUCUCUCUCUCUCUCUCUCUCUCUCUCUCUCUCUCUCUGGUCUCGGCCGUGACGGUCAGCUCACAAGAGGUGCUUCCUCCAACAUUGCGCCGGGGCCGUAGAAGUGCACCGGGUGGCAAGUCCGCCUAGCUAUUUCCAAACAAAGAAUCAACACCAACAAGCCCAAGUUUGCGUAGGAUGGAGGAGGAAUGCAAUGUGCUGGAGAGUAUACUUGACGGAAGCAUGAAACCGACGGAUCUACGGUUUUCCCUUCUCGAGAAGAUUACAGCAAAUUUUUCUGAGGAGCGAAGAAUUGGUGUGGGUGGAUUCGCAGUGGUGUACAAGGGUGUCCUCCAAAAUGACGAAGUUGCUGUGAAGAGGAUUAUGAACAACAUGACGAUUGAUGAGACACUAUUUCGUCGGGAGGUCAAUAGCCUGAUGCAGGUCAACCAUCAGAAUAUAGUCCGGUUUCUUGGCUUCUGCUCCAAUACAACACAUAAACAACUGAAAUAUGAAGGACGAUACAUUUACGCUGAGAGUAGAGAGAGAUUACUAUGCUUCGAGUACAUAAAAAAGGGAAGCCUUGAUAAAUAUAUUACAGAUGAAUUAAGGGGACUUGCAUGGAAUACACGGUAUAAUAUAAUCAAAGGAAUAUGCAAGGGACUGGAGUAUCUUCACAUGGAUAGGCAUAUCGUUCAUAUGGACUUGAAACCAGCUAAUAUACUAUUAGACAAUGAUAUGAUGGCCAAGAUUACUGAUUUUGGGUUAUCGAGAAUGGACGAAAGUUCAAGAACCACAAGUACAAACCGCUUUAUUUCACCGGGAUACUGUGCUCCAGAAUAUCUACUCCAUGGAAAAAUAUCAGUCAAGUCUGAUGUGUAUAGCCUCGGUGUUAUAAUAAUCGAACUGGUGACAGGGCAGAGGCAUAUUUCUGAUAAAAAUAAUGUACUUAGAAGAUGGAGGCAUAGAUGGAAUAUAUCAGGGCAAGAAACACCAUGCAUAUAUCAACAAGUAGCUAAAGUUAUCGAAAUUGGGCUACUCUGCAAGGAAAGUGACCCCUAUAAGAGG